UUGAACGACUAACAAGAAUAAUUCAAUGCACACUUAGACACAUACCGACCUACGUAGGUACGUGUAUGUAAUAACCCACAAAGUAGUCAAGAAAUUGACUAAUCUACCGAGUAAAAUAUUAAUCAAAUUUAUAAACACCUAAAUUCUGCUUCUUUUCUUCAGCAAAAUGCGUGCCAAGUCCAGUCAGACAUGCUCCCAUCGGUAGUAAUGUAAUUUUCUAUGUACGUUUUGACUAAUGUCCCUGCUGGGCGCUGGCCUCCUCAUCAUCAUGCAUUCAUUAUGUUCAUUAAUUAUUACUCCGUCUUCAAUUCUUCCCCUCCGUGCCACCUAUUUAUCUCAUUACUUCUCCGUAUUCCAAAGAUACUUUGUUUUAUUUAUUUAAGAUCAGUAUAUUUGUGUUCACCAUCGAUCAGCGACUAGCUCAAACAACUACAAGAAGGUGACAAUUGAAAACAUGCCAGAAGCAGUGAACAAGGCAUCUAAUAAGGCAAAGAUGAUCACGAUAUGGAAACUGUUGCCAAAAUCAGUUGCCAUGUCAUCCUUCCCACAAAGCCUACGCCCGCUGUUUAGCCCCGGUGGCGGCCACAGACAUAGUAAUAAGAGGACAGAGGCGGCAGAUCAUCAUCACCUCACGAAGAUGACGACUAUCCAUUGCAAGAAAGGAUUUUCUGGUCCGAUCGUAUCAAUCAUUCCGCCAGAUGCCCGAAGAAAACCGAGUACCCAGCAGCAGAGGCAUGGAGAACCAACCUCUCCCAAAGUUUCAUGCAUUGGUCAAAUCAAGCGGCACAAGAGUAAGAAGAAGCAGGAAGAUAAGAGUAGUAGUAGUAGUGGCGGUGAUAAGGAAGACUUUGGCAGGUGGUCUCUCACGACAAUCAAGCAGCCGUUUAAGGAGAAACCCUCCUCCUCCUCGUCUUAUUCUCUUGUAGGGAAACAUGUAUUAUUUCACGGGAGGAAAUCUGAUGCUUCAGCUGAUAAACCACAGCCAAUGAGUUUGGGCCAGAUCAAGCGCUUUGCAAGCGGCCGAGAAAUAUCGAUGCUGUCUGAAUUCACUUGUCCUACGCAGCAGCUGCUGCAGGCGCAAUCCAGUAGUGGGAUAGUGUAUUGUUCAGAUGAAGAAGAAGAAGAUCAAGAAACCACAACAUCACCACCGACAAAGCCGCCGCUUCAGCAGCAGGAACCAAGGAAGAUGGAAAUUAAUUUGUGGAAAAGAAGGAUCAUGGCUCAACCAAAGCCUCUUCAUAUUAUCCAUUAACACCUCCACCCAUAUAUCGUAUAUGCACCGUCCGUCGGUCGGCCAGAUGGACCCAAGCGAAUUGAACUGGAUCGUAAUAUGAUGAUGACGACGUUUUGGUUAAUUGGCCGCCUCCAGAUCGAUCAGAUCGACAAGCAAUUCAUUCGUUUCCUCGCCUAAUAUAUAAGCACUUCAUUUCAUAUUAAUUUAAUUCCAUCAUUAAACUUGGGAAGUUUACCUGUGUUAAAACAGAUUGUGUUUAAGUUUCCCUAAAUAUAACAACCAACUUAGCAUUAGUUUGUAUCACCUUAUUCAUGUAUGGAUCUUAUUUAUUCAAAUGAUUAAAUAACCUCUUAGGAAUAACAUAUAUGUAGUCAUUAUAUUUAUUUGAAACAAAACACCUCAAUGGAUGAACCAGCUGCAUGAGAUCAUAUGCAC